AUGGCAUUUGAUGAGAAUGAGGCAAGUGGAAUGGUAACUGACAUGAUCCAGACACAGGAAAUUAGACCAAAACAUAUUAUAUUUAUAAAUGAUGGAGGAGUAAAGCUAGUGGAAAUAACUAGCAUAGCAAAGUCCAAGCCAGGAAAGCACGGAGCAGCUAAAUUCUGCUUCCAGGGAAUUAACCUAGUUACAGGAAAGAACUACCAGUUCACAGAAGGAUCCAAGACAAAUCUUACAAUUUGUACUCUUGUCAAGAUCCCAUGUGAGUUUAUGGAAAUCAACGAGAACGACAACUCUCUUGUUGUUCUUAAUGAAGAGAAUGCUGAAAUUAUUACAGUGGCCCUUGACAGAAUCUCACCAGAAACCAUUGAAGAGAUUAAAAAGCAUUCUGCAUUAGUGGGUGCCAAUGGAACUGUUAGAUUUAAGCUUGUAGACACUCCAUAUUUAGUGGUUGUAACUGACAUAACCUCAAAGGCAGAGUAAAGUGCCA